GUCUGUAUUCGCAAAUGUCGCAACUUUAUAUGUCGUUUAAUUAAAUAUAGAAAUAUUUAAUCUAGUAUGUCAUAUAUUAUAUAUUGCUCAUAGUAAAAUCAAAAUCCAUUAGUAUAUUAUAAAGGCAUUAUGCCGGUACAAGAUGGAGACCAAGAGUUCUCUAAGGGAACCAAAGUUCAGAAGAGAAAGAUUAAAAGUAGUCAAACUUUAAAUAUAGUAUCAACAUCUUCAACUAAUAAUCUUAUUAAUCAAGCUUCACAUCUUAAGAAUAAACGUAUGAAUCAAAUAAGGAAAAGAAAACGGGAUUUACUUAAAAGAAUUAAUUAUACUCAUACAUUUACAGUAGUUGUACUUCCAUUACUUUCAAUUAUUUAUUUGUAUAAAUAUUCUCAACCAAUUUUACCUGAGAAUCAAGAUACGUUUUAUUUUUCAUGUAUAUAUUUCAAUUUUACUAUUUUGGCAUUUAAUUCAGGUUAUCAUAAAUAUUUUGCUCAUAAUUCAUUUAAAAUUAGGUUUAAAGUACUAUUAUAUUAUUUUGCAAUAUUUGGUAGUAGUAUUGGUUUAGGUUCUAUAAGAUGGUGGGCUACAAUGCAUAGAGCUCAUCAUCAUUUUACUGAUGAUACUGAAAAGGAUCCAUAUCUGAUAAAAAGAGGAUUUGCUUGGGCUCAUUGGGGUUGGUUAAUUAAAAAACCAAAAAUUGUAACAUUUUAUCAAGAAUUUAUGGAACAAGAAUUUCCAACAUCUCAAAAGAUUGUUAAUGAAAUUGGUCAAAAUUCAGAUGAAUAUAAUAGAAAUGAAGUUUUUGAAUAUGAUAUUGGAUUAAUUGAUUUUUUAAAUUGGCAGGAUAAAUCUUAUUUUGCAAAUUUUCUUUUAACCACAAUUUUAAUUCCUGGUUUAAUAACUGUUUACUUUUGUGAUGAUUCAUUAAUUCAUGGAAUAAUAUACCCUGGAAUUUUAAGAAUGUUUUUAUGUCAACAAUCUUUAUUAGCUACAGAAUCUUUAUGUCAUUUAAAGAGUAUUCAAGUUACUAUUCCUUCUCAACCAUUUAAUGAUAAAAAUUCUUCUCAUAAUUGUUAUAAUCCAUUAAUGUCAAUUUUAACGUAUGGUCAAUGUUAUCAAAAUUAUCAUCAUGAAUUUCCUCAUGAUUAUAGAUCUACAUCAUCUUUAUUUGCUUAUGAUCCUACGAAAUGGUUUAUUUGGUCAUUAGAAAAAUUAGGUUUAAUUGAAGGAUUAUGUAUUACUCCUAAUAAUUUAAUUGUUCAACUUAAGAUUCAACAACAACAAGCGGUACUUAAUAGAAUGAGAAGUCAAUUGAAUUGGGGUACGCCAAUUUCAAAAUUACCUCUAAUUACUCCUAAAGAUUUUAAAAGAAUAAUUGGUAGUUCAAGUAAUAAGGAUAGAAUUUAUAUAAUUAUUCAAAAUAUUAUUCAUGAUGUAACUCCUUUUAUGGAACAACACCCUGGUGGUGUACCAUUAUUAAAGGCUUCUCAUGGAAAGGAUGCUACUAAAGCAUUUUUUGGUGGAGUUUAUGGUCACCUGACUGCGGCUCAAAAUUUAUUAGCUACUAUGAGAAUUGGAGUUUUAGAUAAUGGUAAUGAUGAAGAAGUUUGGGGAAGAGUUGUAAGAGAAGAAGGUGAUGUAGAAGAAUCAAACUCUUCUGGUCAAACUAAGCUGUACAGUACAGCUGAAGCUGCGUAAAUAAUGUCUAACGUAUACACACACAUACACUAAUAUAAUAUAAAGCGAUUUUCCACAGUUUUGUAGUAAUUGUCGCAAGCC